AGAUCUCAUUUGAUGUCCGAGCAGGUCUCUCAGGGCACCACUGAGAAGUUCGAGCCAUCCAGCAUUUUCGGCCAGAAGACCAACGACUUCUCCAACAUCAUGAACAUGGCACAGCUGGUGAUGAGGCCCGACAUGGCCAAGCAGCUCGAGCAGUUCCAGGCACAGUUUGGGGUCACCUCGCCGCUGCUGGUCAAGCCUCCGGUCCCAUUUGAUAGUCCCUUUGCCAUCGCCUCGCUGACAAAGGCUGACAAUAAGGAGGAGCGGAGGGAAGAGAAGCCCGUUAUGCACGAUGCAGCACCCUCUGUGUCCGAACAACGAGAUUCGCUAAAUAUCUCGGACGACGGUGGCGAGAGUCCAGACGAGAAUGGAAAACGAAAACAACGGAGGUACCGAACCACAUUCAGCGCUUAUCAGCUUGACGAACUUGAGAAGGUCUUCGCUCGCACACAUUAUCCGGAUGUGUUCACAAGGGAAGAGCUCGCGCAACGUGUUACCCUGACGGAAGCUCGAGUUCAGGUUUGGUUCCAAAAUCGUCGUGCCAAGUUUCGCAAGCAAGAACGCAGCAGCCAUCACCCAUACACACAUCCAUCGUCAAUGGCUGAGCUGCCAUAUCCGAUGAUGCUCAAUCAGGAGUUGAUGGCCGUUAUGAAUCAACACACUAUGAAUCAUGUCGCACAGGCUGCAGCUGAGUCUCUGCUGAUGACGCCGAGCGCGAUGCUCGCAGCAGCAGCAGUGCGACGACCACAGUCGCCCGCUGUCAGCUCGGCUGCCUCGGCUGCAGCUGCGGCCGCUGCCGCAGCGACACCGAUCAUGCCGCCAGCCGUGGCGAUACCAUUUCCAUCGCCACUCAUGCAGCAGGACGUGCUCAACAUGGUCAUGGCUGCGAUGCCUCAGACAACGCAGCAGCUCAUGUAUCUACAACACAUGUCGCGACUGAAUGAGAUGUGCAAACAGCUGGCGCCCGCAACGUCUGCGGCUGCAGCGGUCACGUCUACUGCAGUGGCGGCGGCAUCUUCGACGGCGACACCGUCUACCACGACGUCGCCAAGAGUGUCGUCGCCAGCUGCUGCCGCAGCCACCUCUACAUCACCGGCGACUUCAACCUCUUCAACGAAUUUUUCCGACCUCUCAACCCUGAUCAACUCGCCUAGCAAGAACGAGUACAGCAGCCCUUAGAACAUAUCCUUGUACAACUCGCUCCCUCUUCUUUGUAGCCUAUUCAAAAUUUUCCUAGGAGAACAAAUGAAUCAAAGCCGAAUCGCCAUCGUUAGUCUUUGCCGCUGUCAUGUCUGCCUUCGAUUAAAACAUCAUCGUCCACCCGGUGUGUGUUUUGACUUACACUUUGCACUUUCCAAAUAUACAUUUCCCUUUUUUCACAAAUACAUUCGUAACUCUCUACUAGUGGUAUCGUAGGUGAGCGUAGAUAGUGCACGUGUUGCUUUAUUGCUAACUUAUCGAUGCGCCUUCAAGCAUGAUCUCUACUGACGACUAGCAGUAGACAUGGAUGUGUGAAUCAUUGUCUCCAUGCCUAAUUGUUCGAGAUGUCAUACAUUUUCUGAUUUUUAUUCAUUUUCAAAUGAAAUAUAGCUGCAUGUUCAUACUAUGCAACUGACGUAAAAUUUGCAAAAACGCCUAACUUCACUAUUGAAUGAAAUUGUAUCAGCGUUUCAUGUGGAGUAAGCCGACUACACAUUAUGUUCACAUGGCUGAUUGUAUAUCCUUUUCUUACGGCUUAAUUUACUUUGUAAUUCGCAAUAACGCCCAUUAAGACAAACUUGUUAGAGCUUCUUGAUGCAAUAAUGUCAUUGUACUGCGGUAGUUCAAUUUAUUUGAUUGUAUGUUUGAAUUAGAU